GUACAAGAUGUCUUCCAUGAGACAAAAGUAACUGCUUUCAAUCUCGAGUUGUCCCUCUCACACGUGGUUGGUAUGCCAUCAUUUAAGAUGGACCUGCAACAAUCUAGGGCAAGCAAGGAAAAACUUUUACCCUCUCCCCACCACAAGCAUGCAGCGGCCAGAACAGGUGCUGCUCUCUUAGAACUCAUUGAAUUGAUUCAGUGGUGGUGGUCCAGGGCUUGCAAUUGAUUGUUAAAGCUAUGAAGAUCAGAGAUCUUCUCUGUUUUUCUCUGUCCUCAAAAAUGGCACCGGGGACCUCUCUUCUCUGCUUGGGCUAGACCUAGGUUGUGACUUCUGUUUUAUUUGGAAAAUGGAGCAGGCGAAUUAAAGAUCAUGCAGAAGCCAUGUGGUGAAGAAGUAGUUUGGAAGCAGGUUCACCGGUUUAAGUCUUGAAGUUAGAAGGGUUUCAUCAACAAGUAUUACAGUCCUCAUACUUAUGCUUACUUUUCUUUAAGAAAUCACUGUAGUAGAC